AUGCCGGCAACCUCAGAGGACGUUCUUCUCUGGCGCAAGUCUUGCGACGGCUCUGAGUGCGAGUACUACAGCGUGGGAAACGGCUACUGCUUGAUGAGGACUUCUGACCACCAGGAGAUGCAGCGUCUGCAGAUGAUGGAGAACGAAGAAGUGGCGAGGCUAGCUAAGAGCGGCAUCCGGCUAGAUACUGCUUCCGCCUCGGGGCGCGCCUCUGCUCCGCCAGUGUGGCUGAUUCCAUCCAACUGUCGCGUCCGGAGUUUGGGACCCACACCACCCCAGAUCUGGCAAGACCGCCAGAACAGGACGACCCCUGCAGAAGCUUGGCCGGUGGAAGUUCAGCUCUUUCACUGCCCGAAGACCGUGCCCUUAGCCAUCCUCACGGUGCCCAAAUGCGGGACAACAUCCACAAUCAACUGGGCAUUGCAGAUGGAAGGUGAGGAGGACCUUCGCGCACUGGUACAUGGAGCCAGUGUAUUUUUGCGACAUCAAGGUCCUGGAGAGUUUUCCGAAUCCUUCAUGGUCCCGGAGCUGCAGAGGGCGGCAGCUGACGGCGCCGUCCCGCAUGCCAAAAUGUCGGGUGAGGACUGGAGCAAUGCCAUGAUGUACAGGGCAAUCCACCGCUACAAGCCGGGAGCUGAACAGUAUGAUGAGAGAGUGUCUGUGGACAGGGAGUUCCUUCCGCCGGCGCACCUGUGCCCGUUUUGCUGCCUGUACGGACAUGGUCGACAGCAUGUGGUUUUGGCCAGAAAUCCAUACGUAAGGAUGACAUCGUACUUUCGGUUCUCAUGGCUGAACAACGUUGCGGUCUGGGGCAAGCACAAAUGGACGACCUGGGAAGGUUUUAGAGAAUGGUUAGCGUUCGUGGUGCAUGCUCGCAGCAUUAUGCCGGGAGGGUUUGCCAAUGGUCUGCAAUGGGCCAAAAACAUCCACCAGUCUUGCAGCCAAAGUUCUCCGCGGCUUCCUGGCACCGCUCUCCACCCGUUUGUGUGCGAGACCAAGUUUUAUUCCCUUUCAGCGGAAGACAUCUUCCACAUACGUCCGUUGAGCGACAUGGUGCAUGACGAGCGCUUCCUGGCCGGGUCUUCUUUUCUGGACACCGCAGUGGUCCUGCAUCUGGAGACGCUGCACGACGACAUUGCAAUGCUUGAUGAUGUGCUUUGCAGGAGGUUCUCUUUCUGUGGUCAGUUGCCGCCGUUUCCGCAAGUGCUGCCUGGUAAAAACAUCCGGGACAGCAUGCUCGACGGUGCCAUCAAAGAGCACUGCAGCUUCAGUGAGAAGACGUUGCAGUGGCGGAACUGCACGGCUCCUGCCUGGCCGGAGCUGUGGACGCCAUCGCUGAGAAGCCUGAUGAUCGAACACUACGGCGACGACUUCAGAUGGCUUGGGUACUCCACGGAUCCACGUCAUCUGAUGCCGAUGGAUGCGAAAAUAGAGUGGGAGCAGCUUGCUUCGGGUUGUGCAGGUCAAAGCAGACGUCUGGGUAUAUUGCCUCUCUUCAGCUCUCUUGCCUCAUAUCCCCUAAGGCCUGCCCUCUGUGCCCUCAAAGCCCAAAGCCAGGCAGCGCAGCCUGCCUUGGCCCAGCGCUGGCUCCGUGCCAUGGAGCGCCGAGGGAUCCAGCCGCAGCCUCGCAAGACACACGGGCGUUCCCCCCGCAUGCGGACGUCGAUAGAGCAGGUCAUGGCUUCAGAGGGUUGGAUGCAAGGACACACCCAAAAGCCCGAUCCUGAAAUGUAG